AGCGUGGCUCGGGCCCUGCUGGGCGAUGGCUCCUUCAGGGUGCGCGCGGUGACGCGCAGCCCCAGGAAGAAGGCGGCGGAGGAGCUGAGGCUCCUCGGGGCUGAGGUGGUGAAGGCAGACCAGGACGAUGAGGCGUCGCUGGAGAGAGCUUUGGAAGGCGCCUACGGAGCCUUCGUGGUCACCAACUUCUGGGAGCACUGCAGCAAGGAGAAGGAAAUCGAGCAGGGGAAGUGUCUUGCCAACCUGUCGAAGCGCCUGGGCCUGCGCCACGUGGUGUUCAGUGGCCUGGAGAACGUGGAGCAGCUGACAGGGGGACGGCUGAAGGUGCUGCACUUUGAUGGCAAAGGUGUGGUGGGGGAGUACUUCCAGAAGAUUGGUGUUCCCACCACAACCAUCCGGCUGCCCUUCUACUUCGAGAACUUCCUCUCCAUCUUCAAGCUGCAGAAGGCCCCACAGGGAGACACCUUUGUCCUGGAGCUGCCCAUGGGGGACACCCCAAUGGAUGGAAUGGCUGUGGAGGACCUCGGGCCUGUUGUGCUUUGCCUGCUGAAUUCCCCGGGGGAGUACAUCGGCCAAGUGAUAGGGCUCAGCACUGGGAAGCUCACCGAGGCCGAGUAUGCCACUGUCAUCUCCCAGCAGACAGGCAAGACUGUGACAGCCAGCAAGAUCACACCAGAGGAGUAUGAGAAGCGAGACUUCCCAGGGGCCAAGGAGCUGGCUGACAUGUUCCGUUUCUACGCCCAGAAGCCAGACCGCAACGUGGCCCUGACCAUGAAACUCAACCCCAAGGCUCGCACCUUCCAGCAGUGGGUGGCAGACAACAAGGCCUCCUUCUGA